AUGAAGAGAAAGAGAAGGGUUUUAUAAAUGUUAAAUAUUGGAGCAUGUGAGUGCACGUGGAGUAGCAGAGACUCCAAUUAGACAGUGUCGAAAAAGAACCAUCCCCAUGCUUGUGAGCUCCAUCAGCUUCUGAUAUUGCAGAAGAAAGGUCCAGGUUGGAGCUUCUGUCUUACCUGAGCCUUAAAAUCACUUCUAUGUUCCUUGCUGCAGUAGAAGUUUUAGUGUUUUUUUGCUAUAACAUAAGGUAGAAAGAAGAUUUUGAGACCCAGCAAUCAGACUUUCCACUUCUACUGCAGAGAGAAUCCAUAGUGAUGAAUUUUGAAAAGUCAUGAGUGCUUCUGCUUAGAGGUGCUCUAAUGUUGAACUUUGUCUUUGACUAUGUGAGUUUGAUACAUCCCAAGCCAACCAUCUAACUAAUAUUGUGGCAAAUGUGUAUUGUGCAUUAAAAUAAAAAAGAAAAAAGGUAAAAGAAAAAAAAAACUCAGAAUGGAUAUCAUAAAAGCUCUGAUUUUAUGUUAGACUCACACAGGAGGAGGAUCAUUUCCCAGAUCCCAAGUGUGGAUAUAAUGGAUCACCUCUUACUUGAGCCUCUCUUACAUGAUGGUACAUCUCACAUCUCAUCACAUCUCAUCUUAAUAAUGAUCAGUUUCAUGAGCUAAUACUAGCACUGCUAUUUGAUCAGAGGUUUUUUCUUUUCUUUUCUUUUCUUUUGGUAUCUUUCUUUCCAUGUGGGUAGAAAGUUAAGGAAUGUUUGUUUUUUUGUUUAUAGAUAUGAUAUUUAUGGAAGCAGCAGCUUUGCAUCCCACCAUGCAGGCCAAUGACAAAAAGGGGCAAUAGAAAAUGAUAUUGCAUCAAAAGUGCUCACCUAUUUAUAUAUUUUAUGUAGCAGGGAGGAGGAUAAUUAAACUAUUCCCCUCCCCCUCCCCUCACUAAAACUUCCUCUUCUGUAUAAAUUAUGCCAUGGAAGUCACGGGCUAGCCUUGAAAUCUACAAAUGAAAACUAUACAUGAACAAGGGAAUAGGAAUAAAAACCCAGGAAUAAGUUGAGAAUAGCAAUUUCAUACAUUAAAGCAGGAUAUGUGUAUAGCUGUAUACAGUUUCUUUCAUCACUUAUUAGUGUAUGUACACUGUAUAAUGCUGUGUGUGUGUGUGUGUCAGUGUGUGUGCAUAUUUACAUGUAAUCCUUGAAUAAUAAAUUGGAUUACUGUAGUAUAUUCAAGAGAUUCUGGAAAGACAGUGACUGCUUGGUGCCUUGCCCCCUCAUUUAUUAUACUUAUCUCAAUAGUACUUGAAGAACCCACUAUCAGUGUGCACAUCUACCCAUGUAUAUAUAAUGAUAAUGAUGAGAGAGAGAGAGAGACAGAGAGAGAGAGAGAGAGAGAGAGAGAGAUCUACAUAAUAAGAAUAUUUGAAGUAGCUGGUCUGAGGCACAUAUAGUGUAGAGAGUAUAGGGCAGAGAGAGAGAGAGAGAGAGAGAGAGAGGUCCACAUGAGAAUAUUUGUAGUAGUAAUAUUAGUAAUGUGAGGCAUAUAGAGAGAGUAGAGAGAGAGAGAGAGAGAGAGAGAGAGAGGAAGUACCUUUUGCUUACUCUUGUUGUAGUUGGAGUUGUAGUUGUGGAGUCCAUGGCUUUCUUAGUGGAGAGGUGUGGAGAGAUGGUGGUGUCAAUGGAUCAAUCUCACAAGCCAGUGCCUGCACCCUUCCUCACCAAGACAUACCAGCUUGUGGAUGACCCUUGCACUGACCACAUUGUCUCAUGGGGGGAGGAUGACACCACUUUUGUUGUCUGGAGGCCCCCUGAGUUUGCUAGAGACCUCCUCCCCAACUACUUCAAGCACAACAACUUCUCAAGCUUUGUUAGGCAACUCAACACCUAUGGUUUCAGAAAGAUAGUGGCAGAUAGGUGGGAGUUUGCCAAUGAGUUCUUCAAGAGAGGAGCCAAGCACCUGCUCUCAGAGAUCCACAGGAGAAAAUCCUCUCAACCUUCUUCUCACCAUUACUACCACUCUCCGCCGCCGCCGCCGCUGCCGCCGCCUUCUUCUUAUAAUCACCACAACCCCCACCCAGAAGAUCAUAUGAGCAUCAGUUGGAUCAAUGAUCCCUCAGCACUGCUCCCUCCUCCUGCUCAUUCCAAUGUUGGUCAUGAUCAUAACAACGCCUCCGAAUUCCUCUCGGCGCUCUCCGAAGACAACCAGCGGCUGCGGCGGCGCAACUCGGUGCUCCUUUCGGAGCUCACCCACAUGAAGAAGCUCUACAAUGACAUCAUCUACUUCCUCCAGAACCAUGUCACCCCUAUUUCCCCAAGACCCAGUAAUUGCAGCAGCAGGAUCCUUGAGCUGGGCCCUUCAACUCAAUACCACCCUCCUCAUCCUCCUCAUCCUCCUCCUCCUCCUCUCUACAGGAUCCGUAAUUGCGCGAUGGAGAUAGCGGAGGAAGAGGAGGAGGAGGAGGAGGAGGAGGAGGAGGAGACCGAUGGCGGCGCCGUGAAGCUCUUUGGGGUUCCAAUUCAUGGUAAGAAGAGGUUGCAUGAAGAAACAGCUACUGUACCAGAUGAAGAAUCUGAUGAUCAUGGGAGCAUUUAGGAUACUAGGAGUAGUAAUAAUACUAGUAUUUAGUAGUAGUAGUAGUAGUAGUAGUAGUAGUAGUAAGAAAGCAUUUAGGAUUGCUUUAGUUAAGAGGAAGAGUUAGAUGUAUAUAGGCUUGGCUUAUUUGUUUGAGGGAGAGUAGCUAGUGAAGGAGAAAAAAAAAAAGAAAAAAAAAAAAAGAAGGUUCCAAAAAAAGCUUAUAUUGGCCAAGCCAUUCUUAUCCAAGUCUUAUUUGAGUAAGCCUCACAUCAAAAGAAUCUCUCUCACUCUUGUUUCUUACUUUGAGGAUUAUUGUUUUUUUGAUUUUUUUUUUUUUUCGUUGGUUUGGAUCAAGACUAACUAGUACUCA